UUGAGCUUUGAUUUAGCUCUUUAUAUUGUUUCAUAUCUGUUGUCAGCUUUUAGCAUAAAUUAUUGUGUCUAUGCAGAAGCUGGUAUUGAAGAAGUAACUUCAACAAUAUUUGUCAUGAUUUGGAUGUAAUCAGCUUUUGUGCUCUAACGAGGGUAAGUGUUCCGAGUUCAUUCGACGAGUAUAGCACCAGCAUCAUCGUUGAAGAAUGGGAAUGUACUGCACUUCUACCUAAGCUUUCCCCUACACCAGCUCUGGCAAAUGAAAAUGUAAAUUUCUUUCGAUCCUAUAAUUUGAGUAGGCGGCUUCCUCUGAUCAUCUGCGUAAAAUUGGUGUGUUCGUGAUUCAUGAUAUGAUCUUUACUGUUAUGUGAGCUUGUGAAUUCUUUAAUCUUGGGCUGUCAUGUAGGACAAGGUGUGGUUUUAUUACAUUGAAAUGUAGUUGUUGAUAGCUUCGGGAAGAGCUGGGGAAGCUUGAAAUUGAAUGAAACCUGAUAGAUUUGUUGAUAGUUUAGCAUCAUUAGGUUUCUUGUUGUGUAACUAGAACAACAUCUUAAAGACAAUAAGCCGCACCUGAGGGACAACAUAAAGGAACAGAUUCUUCAAGGUUUAUCAAUGGUGUUUGAACAGGUUGAGGAUGAGAAAAUUAGGAGGGAACUAAAAAGGUGCAAUCCAGGGCUAGUUGCAUCUUCUAUUGAGUCUCUAUUGUUUGUUAAAUGGGGAUUAUCCAACACAGGCUGCCGCGCCAAGUACCGGUCGCUGCUGUUCAAUCUUAAGGAUCCCAAGAACCCUGAUUUUAGGAGAAAAAUUCUUCUGGGUACAAUUAAACCAGAAGAACUGGCGGAUAUGAGUCCGCAAGAGAUGGCGAGUGAUGAUAGAAAGCGUGAGAACCAAGUCAUCCGAGAAAGAAAGUUAUACACCAACUUCAAUAAAUAAUGAGUCAAUUUGCUGUGAUGAAAAAUUCAAAUAGUAGAUUAGUUUCUAAUUUCCAAUCAUUAUUUCUCUCAAAAAAAAAAUUUCCAAUCAUUAUUGUAAUUGUUCUUCUUUAGCUAUAUGUAGUAAUGGUAGAUGAAGAAAUAGAAUCUGACUUUUUACAGUUCAUUAC